AUGGAAGCAUCCAGCGGGUCGAGUUUUGGGAUAGACACUAUUUUAUCCAGCGCUUCUAACUCUGGUAACCCCGUGCUCAUGAACGGAGAUUUUCGGCUCGGCGACAGCAGGACAGCGGAUUUCAGGAGCCAGGCAACCCCGUCACCAUGCUCGGAGAUAGACACUGUGGGAACGGCCCCCUCAUCCCCCAUUUCGGUCACCAUGGAGCACUCAGCCGAUCCGCAUCUGGUCCAGGACAGCCUUCAGCAUCAUCACCAUCACCACAACCAGCCGCAGAGUUUGCCGCUGUCGCCUCAGCAGCAGCAGCCUCUCGCCGGGGCCGGCUGUGCCCCGAGGACUGCCACCUCCUCGUUUUUAAUCAAAGACAUUUUAGGAGACAGUAAACCACUGGCAGCAUGCGCACCUUACAGCACCAGUGUAUCCUCACCACAUCACACGCCAAAACCAGAAAGUGCCACGGCUCCGGACGGCUUCAGGCCCAAGUUGGAACAAGAUGAAAACAGAGGCAAGCUGGACAGAAGAGACGAUAUUCAGAGUGAAAUGAAAUGCAACGGGACUAAAGAAGAAGGUGAUCGGGAGAUCUCCAGCAGCAGAGACAGUCCACCGGUGCGUUCAAAAAAGCCCCGCAAAGCACGGACAGCCUUUACCGACCACCAGCUCAACCAGCUGGAGAGAAGCUUUGAGCGACAAAAAUACCUCAGCGUGCAGGACCGCAUGGACCUGGCCGCGGCUCUCAACCUGACAGACACACAAGUCAAGACCUGGUACCAAAACAGACGGACGAAGUGGAAGAGGCAGACGGCUGUGGGAUUGGAACUGUUGGCUGAAGCCGGAAACUACUCGGCCUUACAGAGAAUGUUCCCGUCGCCCUAUUUCUACCACCCGAGCCUGCUGGGCACCGUGGACAGCACGACGGCAGCCGCGGCGGCCGCAGCCAUGUACAGCAGUAUGUACCGGACUCCUACCACGCCGCAUCCCAGCCUCCAGAGACCCCUUGUCCCGAGGGUGCUCAUUCAUGGCCUUGGGCCGGGGGGGCAACCAGCACUAAACCCCUUGUCUAACCCCAUGCCCGGCACACCUCAUCCGCGAUAA